AUGACCGACAAUACCUUUUUUGAUGGACGGGAAGGUCGAGAGGUUCACUUUUGGGACGGGCCUUCAACAUGGACCUUGACUGGACUUAUCAGAGAAAAAAACAGUCAAGUAAAUGCAGAGGACUACUACAAGUAUGGAAUUAUCGGGGGCGCUUAUGGCACCUUCUUGUGCAAGAAUUGUAUGGGCAGUACUCAAUGCGCCAUAAUGAAAGUAUUCAAGCAAGUUCCAUUUGAGGGAUCUGAGUACGCGACGGCUCAACAAAGGGGUGAUCAAGCCUCUCAGAAGCUUGAUUACGAUAUCACUAGUCAAUUAGGGGCACUCAACACCCUAACAAACAAAGGCUGCCAAUCCACCCCCCGUGUUGUGUCCAUGAAAGUUGAGCACCAGAAGGAUACGGAUUCAGUACCGGGCGGCUAUAUCGUUUACCUCCUUUUGAGCCAAGUACCCGGACUGCAAUUCAGCAAGGCGAUCUUCUGGGACUUCGAGUACCCAGUGCGUGAAAAGAUCCGCCAAGCGUUCAGGGCCGCCAGGAUCGAUUGUGUUAGCUUAGGCGUUGUACCAGUGCUCCAAAACAUAGAGCAUGUCUUCUGGCAUGCAGAGGAGAACAAAGCUUACAUAAUUGGUUUUAGAAUGAGUGAGCAGGCAAGGGAAGAGGACGUGUGGCGGGACACUCGGUGGAUCGCUUGGAAUAUGGCCAAGCUUCGAGAUGACUAUCGCUGGUAUAAGGAAAAGAAUCCUCAUCCAGACAUGAGCAAUUGGAUACUGUGA